AUGCACCGACCAAUAAUCAAUGAAUUAUUUCAAAACAAAAUAAAUUUGGAUAUAACAAAAAAACAACAUCAACGUUUAAAUGCAUUGGAAUUAACAAGUGAUUGUUGGUAUAUAAUUGAAUUAUUAAUUAAAGUAUUGAAGCCUUUUUAUCGAGCUACUAAAGCAAUUAGCGGUAAUGAUUAUCCAACGAUAGGAAUUACAUUAUUUAUUUUUCAUCGUCUUGAAAAAGAAUUCUUAUCCAACAUUAGUCCAACAGAUGAUCCAUUAUUUAAUAAUAUGAAAAAAUGUUUAUUAAAUAAAAUGAUUUAUUAUAAUAUGGUAGAAGAUUCAACACAAACAAAAAUAAUUAUGUUCUAUGGAUACUUCGAUCCUUAUGGUUUAUCAGUUAUGACAAAUAAUGAAAUUAGCAAAAUAGAAAAUGAAAUAAACUAUAUAAUUCGUCAACAAACAUCAAACAGUCCAACACAAGCAUCAUCAACAAUAUCUUCAAAUACAAAUGGAACAUCAACAAUAGAAAAACCGAAAAAAAAUCAUUGUUGA